AUGUUUAAAGAUAUUCUGGAAUAUUUAAAGAGUCCAAAUGAGGAAAAUAACGGAAAUAACGGAAAUACUGGAGAAAACCUUAAAAACCAGGAUAAUUAUGAGGAUGGGUUUGAUGCGAGGAUUUCUGAGUAUUUUAACAGUAGAAAUAUUGAGAAUAAAAGGAAAAUUAAUGAAAAUAUUGAAAAUAACCCUGAAAAUAACUGUAAUUUAAAGAAAUUACCCGAAAAGGAAAAUUCCGUUAAUUCUGAUGAAUUUUUUACAGGAGAAAUUGAAUUAUCCUCUGAUGAGGACAAAAAUUUAAAAGAGAAUAAAACUAAAAAAUUAAAAAAUGGACCAGAACAUAUAAAACACUGUGUAAUAAAUAAUGACCAUUCAAACGAGUCAUUUCUUUGUACACAAUCACCAAUAAUAAGUGUAGAAGCAAAAUUAAACAUAAUAAAACAAAGAAAUCCAAACCAAGAAUAUAUUACACUAUGUGUAAUAAGAAAUAGUCAAAAAUUGAAAAUGGCCGGGAUAGUCCUGGGGUAUAUAAUAAGACACAGUGCAUCAGAUAAAACCGGGUUAUAUCGGGUUAUAACAGAUGGAGUGGACGAGAUGGUCUGUGCUGUAUGCCCUUCUGUCUUACAGAAGUAUAAAUUAGAAAAGGACUCAAUUGUACUGCUUAAGUCGCCGUCUGUGUGGAGAGUGCCAUACAGCGAAAAUAUUUGUGUUUUAAAUAUUUUCAUGUCUAACGUAAUUUCAGUUAUACCUGAAAAAUGAAUAUAAUUUAUUACAUAUAGUAUAUAUACUUAUAUAAUAAAAUGCAAGCGUAUA